GUGUGUGUGUGUGUGUGUGUAUGUAUGUAUGUUCCUGAAAUCUUUUGCAGACUGUCUUCCUUCUGUUCUCCUCAGCUGGGGAACCUUCUCCCUGCCAGAGGGCAGUGGGCUAGAAUAGGCUGAAGGAGAGGCCAGAAAACAGAAUUGAUCUCCUCACUUAUGGAAGUGCCAAAAGAUUGUUAAUGUACCAGAAGUCCCCUCUUAGAAGGAAAGCUCAGCUGGAUGAGUUGGAAAGAGGGGCACUGAUCCUUGGAAAUACAGCGUGACUGACAUCAGUGGGUACAAGGUGUUUGAAAGCAGCCGGGACAGCAGCCCACGCGGUGUCUUCUGGACUCUUAUCAGGAGAUAUCACCCAGGAUAAAGCAAGUUAUCUACACAAGUCUGAUUCUCUGGAUUUAAAGAAGUUUCUCUCUUCAGUGGGAACCUUCCAUUCACUUUUGUCUUCUCACAAGUUUGCUCCAGUAGAAAGGUGGAGCCUGAGGUGCUGUGGGAUUCUCAGGCCAGUGCUCUGUCGUGUGGGAGUUCUGGUCUCUUCCUGAUCCUCCCGCUCACAGUGAAAGAUCACUAGUCCUGGAAACUAGGCCCUUUCCUUCCAAAAGCAAAUAAUAGAAAUAGGAUUGGGAUCAGAUCCAGGAAAAUGAGCAAACAAAGAAAAUGAUCCAAGAUUCCACAAUCUGAACGACUGAAUCCGUGGGAGCUAUCCUCAGCCGUGCUCCGGGCAUUCUCUUGGGUCAGGCAUAGAAGUGGACAGCUGUGUGGCAAUGGGAGAUGAGAAGGGCAUGAAACGAAUGCUACUGGAAUGCAGUUUUAGUGACAAAUUGUGUAUUGUCCAGCAUCAGCAGUAUGAAAUCAUCAUUGUUCCAGCCCUUCUGGUUGGCGUCUUCCUCAUCACUGUUGGGGUAAUCCUGUGGCUUUUUCUCAGAGGAAAAAGAUCUCAGCAACAGUCUCCUGGACUCCAAGGCAAUGCCCCCGUGCCUCCAUCUAGGAGCCUAAACCAGGAAGCUGGAGAACAUGGAAGAAGUGUGUUUGUGCCACUUAAGGAGACAACGGUGGAAAGCCUUCUAAAAACGUCCACACAUGCCCUGGCUAAGCUGCAGGUGCCCCGAGAGCAACUCUCUGAAGUUCUGGAGCAGAUCUACAAUGGGAGUUGUGGGGCCAUCUAUCGAUCCAAGAUGCACACUGGGGACCCUGCCAAGUCCAAGAGUGUUGUCCUCAAGACUUUAAAAGAAUCAGCUGGGCUCCACGAGAUUCAAGAUUUCUUAGGGAGAAUCCAAUUCUAUCAGUACCUGGGGAAGCACCAGAACCUGGUGCAGCUGGAAGGCUGCUGCACAGAAGGGCUGCCGCUCUAUAUGGUGUUGGAGGAUAUGGCCCAGGGGGACCUGCUCAGCUUUCUCUGGACCUGCCGCCGGGACGUGAUGACCAUGGAUGGCCUUCUCUAUGAUCUCUCAGAAGUACAAAUAUAUCACAUUGGGAAGCAGGUCCUCUUGGCUUUGGAAUUUCUCCAGGAUAAGCAUCUGUUCCAUGGGGAUGUGGCAGCCAGGAAUAUUCUGAUCCAAUGUGAUCUUACUGCUAAGCUCUGUGGACUGGGCCUGGCUUACGAAGUCCACACCCACGGGGCCAUCUCCUCUACUCGCACCAUACCUCUCAAGUGGCUCGCCCCAGAACGGCUUCUGCAGAGACCAGCUGGCAUUAGAGGAGACAUCUGGUCCUUUGGAAUCCUGCUUUAUGAGAUGGUGACUCUAGGGGCACCACCAUAUCCCGAAGUCCCUCCUGUCAGUAUUCUACAACAUCUCCAAAGAAGGAAAAUCAUGAAGAGACCCAGUAGCUGCACACACACCAUGUAUGGUCUUAUGAAGUCCUGCUGGCGCUGGAGUGAGGACAGCCGCCCUUCCCUUAGAGAGCUAUGCUCACGCCUAGAAACUGCUGCUCAAACUGCAGAUGACAAGGCUGUGCUGCAGGUACCAGAGCUGGUGGUGCCUGAGCUGUAUGCAGCUGUGGCAGGGAUCAGCGUGGACAGCCUCUCCUACAGCCACAGCUUCCUUUGACAAUCCCAGGGCAAGAAACAUCCAUGGGUGAUCAUAUACUCUUGGAACCAAUUUCUCCAAGAACAGAGGAUGGACUUUCUAAUGGGACGUAAAGAGAGAAAGAGGACAUGGAUCCUGGAUUUCCCCCAUACGUUUCCCUAGAUAUGUGAAGUGAUGCUGGGUGAAACUCUACACGCUGCAUACCCUUGAGGCUGAGAAAUACAAUUUCAUUUCUGCUGUCCCAGUCUUGAAGACUCAGGGUAGAAGUGGUAGCCAGUGUCACUGCACAGGAGGUUUUAGAAAUCUGUGAUGUUUGCUGGGGCACAGUACAAAUAAGCUGGUUGCUCCCACCACAGGCUAGUUUCCUCCUGAAGGAUGCUUUUAUCGAGGCUAUUAUAAGGUCCACAGAAAUUAGUCAAAUGAGGGACUAGAAAGCCAAUAAAGAACUUGAUGAGAGAAAAUUAAAGGUCCUUCUAUUUGCUCAGGAGUAUAGAUGUGGACUAAGGUCAUCCUUCAAAGUGAAGGUGGAGAAAGGAUGUCACAUUCCUCAGUCCUGGCCCCUUCAUGCAGGGCUGGAGGAGAACUGUGAAGGAAAACUUCUGAGUUUCCCCUGAGCGUAGGUAAGAGAAAGAUAGCCCCCUUUUCCCUAAUAGUAACACAGGUAAACCCUGGUGGUUUUACUUUUAACGAGAACCUGGAGGGAUCAUUUUAUGAUUAGGAACAUUCAACAUGUGUUCAUCAGGCCAGCUUCCUGGUCCCUGUAAGACUAAGGAGACGGAGCCUGGAGAGUCAGGCUCAUGAUGAAUAUAAUGUGUGUGUUUAACAAAUAGGGAAUGUGGAAAUCAAGCAAGAAUGCUUAGUAGGCCAGAAGGUCUUUAACAAGGGCUAGCAAAGGACAUCACCUGAGACAGAAGGAUGGUAGCUUCUGAUUUUCAAUCAUCUGCUGAUGUAUUGUGAAACUUAUUUCAUUACGUUAAUAUUCACUGAGUGAAAGUGGGCUUUUCUAGUAUACAGCUGCUAACAUCUUGACAAUAGGGAGGAUAAAAGUAAAUAAAUGGAAGUUAACGUCAACAGAAAAAUUCAAGAGGCAAUCUACAUUGGCAGAAAAUGGAUAAAUGGGGAUAAUACUUACCUCACAGGGUUGUUGUGAGGACU